AAAUGGGCGAGUAGUUGUGUGUAGGCUAGAAUGUGCUCGACACGAUUGAAGUUCAGUCUAGCGUGAACAGUGGUAGGCAACAUACCGAUCGGUCGAACGUCUCACGACUCGCAGUUGUCCGUUCAUCUUCAUCCGCUGAGCUUCACCCAUUCGUGUACCAGAGUGCCAGCUUGUUUAUUUAUUUAUUUUUUUUUUUCAUUCUUUGAACGGACAGUUUCGACAACAUCAAAAAAGAAUUUUUUUUUUUUAAACUGAUUUUUCUUCCGCGAGUGUCUGGAUGACUUCGGAAAUUAGCGCCAACAUUUUCAAAGAUUUUUCAGUUGGUCGGAAAAGCGCCGCAUUCCGGCGGUUGUGUGUGUGACUGUGAAGUGCAACUAACAUUUCUCGCCGUAUUCAUCAAGAAUUAUUGAACUGUUUUCGUUUUUGUUUUCAUCGUCGAAAAGAACAAAAGACAAUCGGAAAAUGGUUUCGCUCUACGACAGUUUCGCCAUGUUCCCAGCGGCUCAUCAUCCGCACCAUCCGCAUCAUUCGGGCGUUGUCGGUGGAGUGAUGGGUCCUGGUGGCGGAGUGGGGCCAGUCGGAGUAGGUCACAGUACGACGCCUCCGCAUCACGCGCAUCAUCACCACCAUCACGCCGCCGCCGCCAUUCACAAUCUGACGGCCAGGCAUCACUCACAGGGGCCUCCACCUCCGUCUUCGUCGUCGGUGGCUGGACAGCUCAACUUGCACCACGCCGGACAUCAUCAAGGGCCUCACCAUCCGCAUUCUCACUUGAAUUCGCACCACCAAAUGGCGGCCAAUCAAGCGGCUUACUUUGGCUAUCCGCAUCCGCACCAUUGGGGCAGUGGCGGAGGUGGAGGCGGACAGGGGGUGCACCACCAGACAUCGACGGCGCCCAACGCGGCCAUGGAACAUCAGCAGCAAUUUCAAGUUGGUGGAUUGGUGACGGCCGACGGAGGAAACUCUUGGCAUCCGUCACCCGCCGCCGUCUACUCCGCCGGAUUGUCCAGCAGCUUAUCGCCACGCACGCCCGUCGCAUCGGUCGGCUACGAGGAAUGGGUCAAUUCGCCGAGCAACAACAACGGCCAACAACAACAGGGCGGCGGAGGAGGUGUGAGCAGUCCGGACGCUAGCCCCCACUUUGUCCAGCAACCGCAAGGCGGAGGUAACGCGGCUAACGGGCCGAGCAGUCCGUUAUCGGACCAGCAACAACUCAGCAGCUACUCUGUUGCUGCGGCCGCUGCGUACGGCAAACUUUUCGCCAGUUCCGGUGGAUCUGGCGACUUCAUUUCGCCUCAUCACGCCCAUUUGCAUCAUCCGCAUCAUCACAACAAUCACGCGCAGAUGGUGGACCCUCAUCGGAUGAACGCGGGAGUCGUAACCGGUCACCAUUCGCCCGAUUCCGGCCUGGCCGGUAGCGACGGUUUGAGCAGCGCCGGAUCGCCAGCCCAGCAGCAACAGCAAGGAAUGCUGGGCGGAGGUUCGUCCGGCAACAAUCUACUCAAUCUCCAACAACAACAGCAACAACAACAGAACACUGUGGCGGCGCAGGGCGCCAUGACGGGACCUUCAUCCGGCGGAUCGAUGAGCCAACAGAAUCAACAGCAAUUGGUCGGAUCCAACGGCUCGGCGAUGGGCUCGCGGCCUCAAGCGGCUCAAUCGCCGUACGGAUGGAUGAAGAAGCCAUCGUAUCACAACAACAACGUCAAUCCAGAAUCGGAUGUAUUCUCAGCAGGGAAGACGAGAACCAAGGACAAGUACCGAGUCGUCUACACGGAUCACCAACGACUGGAGCUGGAGAAAGAGUUCCACUACAGCCGCUACAUCACCAUCCGGCGCAAAUCCGAGCUUGCCAGCGUGUUAGGCCUCUCCGAACGACAGGUGAAAAUUUGGUUCCAAAACCGGAGGGCCAAGGAGCGCAAACAGGUGAAGAAGCGCGAAGAAAUGUUGCAUAAGGAGAAAUUGGACGUCGUUCCGUCUUUGGGCGCUGUCCAACAACAACAGCAACAACAUCACCUUCAUUCUGGCCAGCAGCAACAGCACAUGCAACACAUGGCCGUCCAGCAUCCCGGCCUGGUCAGCAAUCCUCAAAUCUCCUCGUCGAUGCAACAGCACAUGGGAUCCGUCGUUCAAUUAGAAAGCAAGCCCAUCUUAGGACUCGAUUGAAAUUGUUUCUAUUUUGAAAAAUGAGUUCCUCUAUUGAAGCGCGCUAUUUUGUAUAAAUUGAAAGACGCUUUUAUUUUGUGUGUCAUUGAGGAUCGAAAAGAAUCGGCUUCUUUUUGCUAGAGGCAAAAAUCAUUCGAUCGAACGUUAGAACAAAAAAGGAGGCCCGAAACAAAAAAGAAACAAAAGGCAAACGCGAUAAACAAUUGAAUCGAUUCUUUAUUUCCUUGAUUCAGCCUGCCCUCAGUCUCGCAACAAGAGCAUUCCAGUGACGUCAUGGAUCUAUUUUUCUCUCUGUUUGUUGUGAUUGAAACGAAGCAAAAAGAAAAAAAAAGACAAUCAAAAGCAACGUCGUUUCUUCCUCCUGUUUGGACGACAGUUUCCAUAAGGUGAAUCACUAAAUUUAAUUCUUCGUUAAACUGCUGAACAGUGCUGCCUCCUUGUCCCUGUUUGUUUUCACCCAAACGCGUUGUGCGUCUCUCUUCGAUGUUAACAACCUGUACAGUAUCCCUAUAUAUAUAUAUAUUCAUAGUGCCUCUCUUCCUCGUCCCUUGUAUUCGUUUUUCUAUUCACGAAACGGUUUGAGUUUUUUUUAUUAUUAUUUUCCCUAUGUUUUCAUUGCUAAUGAAAAUGUAAGAUUCUAAAAUUUUGAACUAUAUAACAGAAGGUAAAAAAAAAAAAAACACAAAAAAAGUUACAAAAUCAAAAAUUAAAGAACAAAAACUUCAAAUUUUAAGAAAUGUGUGAAUGAUUGAUUGUGUAUUGUACAAAACUUGAUAUCUAUAUACCUUUUUUUGCGAUUCCGGAUGUAACCGUAAAUAGUUCUUGUCAAUUUUUCAAUUUUUUUUUUCUCAACGUCUUAUUAUUAUUAUUUUUUUAUUUCUUUUGUUUUAUUCGUUAUACCUAUAUACUUUGACCGUGUGUUUUUAUUCCAUUUGACAUGUUACAUAUAAAAAAUUGAUCGGCGGCGCCCAUCUUUGAAUUUUCCUUACCCAACCUGUUCCCUUACAACAACAAAAACAACUUUCAGUUUUCUCUGAUAUUGGGCAUCUAAUGCUUUGUAAUUAUAGCUUAUAUACCGUUUUGAAACAAGAAAUGCCGAACAAGUGCAAAAAAAAAAUCGUGCAUCGUGUCUGUUUUUUUUUUAUGUUGCCCAUUUAUUCGAA